AGGAACACUGAGGUCUCAGCUCCAGAGUUUCCUGAUUUCUGUCUUGGACAACAGAACAACCCACAGGGACUGCCUCAACAUGAAGCUGGUGUUUCUAUUCUUGUUGGUCACCAUCCCCAUUUGCUGCUAUGCCAGUGGUUCUGGCUGCAGUAUUCUAGAUGAAGUUAUUAGAGGUACAAUUAACUCAACUGUGACUUUACAUGACUAUAUGAAAUUAGUUAAGCCAUAUGUACAAGAUCAUUUUACUGAAAAGGCUGUGAAGCAAUUCAAGCAGUGUUUUCUAGAUCAGACCGACAAGACUCUGGAAAAUGUUGGCGUGAUGAUGGAGGCAAUAUUUAACAGUGAAAGCUGUCAACAGCCAUCCUAAACAUCUACAAGAUCUUUGGCUCACAGGACUCCAGGAAACUGGCAAUGGCCAAGCAACUGAUAACACAGAUCAUAACUCUUCUUUCUUGACCCCUUUUUCUACCUAUAAAGUGCAAGACGAUUGUUGAAACCUCACAUUUAUGUCUUUCCAUUUUAUUAAAUUAUCUGCAUACAAUUCUCUCUCGUGUUGUUUCAUAAAAAAUAACCUAAGUGGGCUGCUCUGUCUCACACUUGGAGUUUUACACACACAUAUGCACAUGCCAUACACACAGAGGUAGACAUUAGGAAAUGCCCAGGUGUGGAAGUGAAGAAGAAAAGCAGCUUCCUCAACCCUUGUGAGUCUCUGCUAUGAAGAAGCCCCCCAGCUGCUCUCUUCUCAUCAUUCUGCACACACUGCACAUAGCCCUCCUGAGACCCUGGGGCUGGGAUGUUGGGAGGUUGGAUAACACUCCUGCUACCACCACUCUUUUCCUAUCUUAUCCUCUAACCCCCCCCCAACACUUCGUUUUCUAAAAUCUUGAUAACCCAUGUGCACAUGAGUACUGGGCCAUGGAAAUAGAUUUCCUCCUUCUGUUCCCUGUACGGUGCUAGGAUACUCUGCAGUAGGAACUGAGGAUGCCUGAAUUUGAACAAAACAAUAUAUACCUACUUAAACUCUUGUGUUUAGGCUCCACGUCUGACACAUACAUGGCUUGGAAAAAUAUUGUAUCUCAUGAAAUGCCAGGAGACUCUGGAUUAAACCAUUUUUUUUC